GGUCACAGAAAAAAAAAUAAAAAAUAAAAUAAAAUUCUGAAGCUUUGUGAAUCUCAUUAGUCUCUCUCUCCUCUCUCUUUCUCUCUCUCUCACACACACGCACUCACAUCCAACGAUCUUCGUUAGAUUGAUGCACUGAAAUCGAAUUUCUUCCAGAAAUGCCGCCACCUGAUAAACCCACCCGUAGAUUCUCAUUCUUCGGCCUCAAUUCGACCGCCUCCUCUACCGCCAGCGGCGGCGCCAAUGUAAAGGCGCCGCAGCUGAAGUUGGACGCGGACAAGGAAGUGUACAGACCCGGCGAUUUGAUCACCGUCACCAUCGAGAUUAAAAACGCCAGCAGUUCCUGGUCACUUUUGAUCGAGAAGCUCAACUUUGAAAUCAGAGGGAUCGAAAAAUUGGAUACACAGUGGUUCACCACUCCUAAGCCUAGUCCUGAUUCUAGGCAGCGCAGAGGUGAGUAUGUAUUUUUGGAUAGCUCGAGCCCAACUAUAGUUUCAAAUCAAGUUCUGUCCAGCGAGGCAACUGGAACUUAUGUUGUACGGACCCUUCUACCAAGCCUUAUACCUCCAUCUUACAGAGGUGCAACAAUACGGUAUUUGUACUAUAUUAAGACUACAUUGACUGGUCAAUAUCUGGUCUCUGAAAAUGGAACCUCUCGAGUAGAGUCAAGACAAGAAGUUCCUGAACUGGAAGAACGUCUACCCCUACAGAUAUGGGUUACUCAGAAAUCCAAUGGCAUGGUCGGUGAAGAAGGUCACACUGAUGGAAUAGUUCCUGUAGUACCAGCCCUCUUGGAUGUAUACUGGAAAGAACUUGGUGCUGAUGAGUGGGCUAAAGUGAAUGAGUCUUCUGAUGGAGUUGAAGAAGGGUAUGAAAGUUCAAGGGAUGAAAUUUCAUCAGUCUCUUCCUAUAACCCUAUGAAGGAAGAUUUAAGUAGAACUUUUGGAAGUUCAUUGUCCCUGCAGUCAUUUUCUGGGAGGUCUUCAAAUCGAGGUUCUCUCUAUGUUGAGGGACGUGCUAGCAUAGCCUCAAAUGCAGGACUUCCUAGGCUGUCUAUAGCCGAGGUGUUAAAUGAUUCAGCUUCCGACAGGUCUCCAACUACUUUAUCUCCCAGUCAACCGCCAAGACAUCUUAAAGCUUUUUCUGCAGAAGAUGACUCAACCAUACAAUCUGCCUCUGUACCUGUUGAAUCUGGAACAUCAGAAGGUUUUGUUAGAGGAAGGUCGUAUAAUAUCAGACUCGAUGAUCAAGUACUGCUGAGAUUUUCACCUAAGAACUCUGAGUCAACUUACUACUUCUGUGAUAUGAUCGGUGGAACCCUUACUUUCUUUCAUGAGGAAGGGACUAGAAAAUGUCUUGAGCUGUCAGUAUCCCUGGAGAUGACAGAGACUAUAAGUCGGAAUUAUGUACAUCAUUCUCGAAGACAUACUCCCACUAUAACCAAGGUUUUUAGCGAUCACCAUGAGGUUGUGGCUGAUUUAGUCCAGACAAGCUUUCUCUUUUCCAUUCCAAUGGAUGGGCCCAUGACUUUCACCACCCGCUAUGUCUCUGUGCAAUGGGCUCUCCGAUUUGAAUUUCUUACAAGUCCAAGGAAUAUGGACUUGACAAGGUACGAGCAUCCUCUUAUGAUAGAGGGGAGGGAUAAAUGUGAGUGGAUUCUUCCAAUUACUGUGCACGCACCUCCCUCACGAACAGCAUCAUUGCAGAACAGAAACGACAGGACAGUCUCUUUGGACCCCUUGUGGGUUCGGACAUGAGGGUUGCAUUUGAACAAUUUCACAGGUGGGAAUGCUCGUUCCUCGUCGAAUAUCGAAGGUAGCUGAAUUUUUUUUCUUCUGUGCUUGUGUUCUUGAAGAUCAUGAUAGGACCUUAGUUUUAAUCCAAUGCACUCCUUUCUCACUCUAGUAAAUGAGUUUUUGAGAUUCUCUACUUUUUAGAUUUGUUGUACUAUAAAAAAUAGAUAUUUUUCCAACAAUUUUACACACCUGAAAAUGGCAGAAUUUUAUACCA